GAGGGGGCGCGCGCUUCCCGGAACAGCCCGCGCUGAGGGAAGAGAGGAAGAAAAUAAAACCCGUGGCUGGAGCUGAAGCUGGAGCUGCCGCCGCUGCCGCCGCCGCCGCCGCCGCCUUGGCAGUCUGGAGCUCCCCCGCGCGGACGAUGCCCGCGGUGCCCGCGCGGGGCUCGGGGCGGUGAGGCCCGGGGCGCGGGGUAGCUAUGGCGACCGCUAGCGCGGCCCGCGGUGCCGCCUGACAGGUGUGGGCCCCGGCGGCGGCAGCGGCGGCGGCGGCGGCGGCUCCGAGCAGCAUGUACGCCAAGGGGGGCAAGGGCUCGGCCGUGCCCUCCGACAGCCAGGCCCGCGAGAAGUUGGCGCUCUAUGUGUACGAGUACCUGCUGCACGUCGGCGCCCAGAAGUCAGCCCAGACCUUCCUUUCCGAGAUCCGAUGGGAGAAGAACAUUACACUGGGGGAGCCCCCAGGCUUCCUGCAUUCCUGGUGGUGCGUGUUCUGGGACUUGUACUGUGCAGCACCUGACCGCAGAGAGGCGUGUGAGCACUCGAAUGAGGCCAAGGCCUUCCAGGACUACAGUGCUGUAGCGGCCCCCAGUCCUGUGAUGGGGAGCAUGGCCCCCAACGACGCGAUGGCAGCAGGCCCCAUGGCCCCCAGCUUCUUCCAGGGCCCCCCUGGCUCCCAGCAACCCCCCCACAACCCCAACGCCCCCAUGAUGGGGCCUCAUGUUCAGCCCUUCAUGUCACCGCGGUUCCCAGGGGGCCCCCGGCCCACCCUGCGGAUGCCGAGUCAGCCUCCUGUGGGGCUCCCCGGCUCCCAGCCCCUCCUCCCUGGCACCAUGGAACCCUCCCCACGUGCUCAGGGGCAUCCUAGCCUGGGCCCGAUGCAGAGAGUGACACCUCCACGGGGCAUGGCCAGCAUUGGACCCCAGAGCUACGGAGGUGGCAUGCGGCCCCCACCCAACUCCCUCGCCGGCCCGGGCCUGCCCACCAUGAACAUGGGCCCUGGAGUGCGAGGCCCCUGGGCCAGCCCCAGUGGAAACUCGAUUCCCUAUUCCUCCUCCUCCCCCGGCAGCUACACGGGACCCCCAGGAGGAGGUGGGCCCCCUGGAACACCCAUCAUGCCCAGCCCUGGAGACUCCACCAACUCCAGCGAGAACAUGUACACUAUCAUGAACCCUAUUGGGCCGGGCGCCGGCAGGGCUAAUUUCCCGCUCGGCCCUGGUCCGGAGGGCCCCAUGGCGGCCAUGAGUGCGAUGGAACCUCACCACGUGAACGGAUCCCUGGGCUCGGGCGAUAUGGACGGGUUGCCGAAGAGCUCCCCCGGCGCCGUGGCCGGCCUGAGCAACGCCCCGGGCACCCCGCGGGACGACGGCGAGAUGGCGGCCGCCGGGACCUUCCUGCACCCGUUCCCGAGCGAAAGCUACUCGCCCGGGAUGACCAUGAGCGUGUGAUGGGGCAGCAGCCCCUUGCCCACUGCCGGCCUCGGCUUCUGCCCAGUGCCCCUGCCUGGGACCAAGGUCCAGGGCCUGGGGCAGUCUGCUGGGUGAGGGUCUGAGAUCACACCUCGGGCGACUGUACUCCAUCCAGUUGAAGGAUUGGACAGCUUGGAGGCCCCACACGAAGGACUCGCAUUUUAUAAAAAAACAAAACGCAAGGACCUCAGAGACGUUCUUUCCUGUAUAGGCCCUUCCCGCUAUUUCUAUUUUGUCCCUGGGGGAUUCUUGGGGACCUCCUUUCCCCUGGACGGCAGGGGUGGGCCCCAUCAAUAAAUGUAACUUGGUUUUGGUUUUUGGUA